GUCAUAAGGUGUGUUGUAUUUAUAUUUAUACUAUCAGCAAAUAUGGGCAAAGAAAGGAUCCAUAUCAACCUGGUCAUAAUUGGACAUGUAGACAGUGGCAAAUCCACAACUACUGGUCACCUGGUCUACAAAUGUGGAGGAAUUGACCAUAGAACAAUUGAGAAAUAUGAGAAGGCUGCAACCCAGUGGUUCAAAGGGUGGAAGCUCAAGAGGAAAGAAGGCCACUCAAAUGGCCGAACUUUGUUGGAGGUGCUUGAUUCCCUACUUCCUCCAGUGCGCAAUGCGAGCAAACCUUUGCGCCUUCCCCUACAAGAUGUCUACAAGAUUGGUGGUGUUGGCACAGUCCCUGUGGGUAAGAUUGAGACCGGUGUCUUGAAGCCUGGUAUGGUUCUGACCUUCUCCCCAGCGAAGUUGACUGCUGAGGUCAAGUCAAUUGAGAUGCAUCACCAGGGGCUUCAGACUGCCCUCCCUGAGUUCAGCUCCAACACUCCGGUCUGUAACUACCAAGUGCUCCUGAAGAUGUUCGUUGGCGGUUUCAGUUGUUUGAUCAGGAUUGGAGCUGAACUUUGCAGGAAGAUGCAGUGGUUCAAAGGGUGGAAGCUCAAGAGGAAAGAAGGCCACUCAAAUGGCCGAACUUUGUUGGAGGUGCUUGAUUCCCUACUUCCUCCAGUGCGCAAUGCGAGCAAACCACUGCGCCUUCCCCUACAAGAUGUUUACAAGAUUGGUGGUGUUGGCACAGUCCCUGUGGGUAAGAUUGAGACCGGUGUCUUGAAGCCUGGUAUGGUUCUGACCUUCUCCCCAGCGAAGUUGACUGCUGAGGUCAAGUCAAUUGAGAUGCAUCACCAGGGGCUUCAGACUGCCCUCCCUGGCCACAAUGUGGGCUUCAACAUUAAAAAUGUAUCUGUAAAGAACCUUCGGAGAGGUGAUGUAGCAGGUAACGCACAGCAGGACCCACCAUCCGAUGUCAGCAGUUUUAUUGCUCAGAUCAUAAUGCUGAAUCACCCAGGCAAAAUCAAGGUUGGCUACUCCCCAGUACUAGAUUGCCACACAACUCAUGUGUCCUGUCGUUUUGCUGAGCUGAGGGAGAAGCUUGAUCGGCGUUCGGGGAAGAAACUGGAGGACUGGCCCCAGUACCUGAUGUCGGGAGAUGGUGCUACAAUCAAACUCGUCCCAAACAAACCCUUAUGUGUGGAGAGCUUCUUUCAUUAUCCACCUCUGGGUCGAUUUGCUGUAAGGGACUUAAAACAGACAGUUGCUGUUGGAGUCAUCAAGUCUGUGGAGAAGGUGGACCAAGUGAAAAAGAUUUCACAAAAACCUGCUGUAUCAAAAUGAGUUGCUCAUUUGUCCCUUUUUAUAAUACUUUAUCUACCAGCAGUCUGGUAUGUGAACCAAAAGGUUCUCUUUAAGUUAAGCAUUUUUGUAUAGUUUUAUGGAACCACACUUUAUUUUGCCUUAAAGUGAAGCCGCUUUUAAAUGCGUUGCUAGUGUAUUGGGUUGUUUGAACUGACUCUGUGGCCCAAUCUGAGAUUUGGCAUGACUGUAGAGAAACAUUGAGUUGUAUGUUGCUGGACUGCAAAUAAAUUUCAGUUUUCAC